UUAUUUGUAUUUCCAUUGCAUCCCACGUUCCGAUGUCAAAGCUACUCCCAAAAUUCUUUUUUUUUUUCCCCUUCUGCUUUGAGCAAUAAAAUUUGAGUAAGAAUGAAGGAAUUGAUGUGCGAUUGAUUACUCUGUGUAAAGGAGUAAAAGUGGACACCUUGCUUCCAAUUUUUGCCCUCAACGGUGGUGUUUGCAAAAGCUGAAAUAUUUAUAGCAGACUGCAUAAAAAGCAAGGAAAUCCAAUAAACAUGGUGGAAUGAAAGGGAAAGCAAAAGCAGCCGUAACCAUUCCAGAAUUAAGUCCCCACCUUCCUUUUCGGUAGAUUACACAAACAACUGAGUGGAAGAAGGGUAAUGAACAAUACCCAUCAUCUUCAUCAGAUAAUAAGGCGGCCACAGACAAUGGUUUGAUCCAGGUUCCUAUAUUCUUGGGCUCGAAUGGUUGAGGUUCACAUUUGUAGGACUUUGGGUCAAAAUUUCCAUCUGGGUUGAGACAUAAGAGUGGUGGAGGGCGUGAGGUGAGGAAGCCAUGGAGACCCCCUCGGCUGCAGAUUCCAAGCGUUCGUAUUCUUGGUGGUGGGAUAGCCACAUUAGCCCCAAGACCUCUAAAUGGCUUCAAGAAAAUCUUUCAGACAUGGAUGAAAAAAUCAAACAGAUGAUCAAGCUUAUUGAAGAAGAUGCAGAUUCGUUUGCAAAGAGGGCUGAGAUGUAUUAUAAAAAGCGUCCGGAGCUUAUGAAAUUAGUCGAAGACUUCUACCGAGCAUACCGAGCAUUGGCGGAACGAUACGAUCACGUAACAGUAGUAUUUCACCAGGCUCAUCGAACAAUGGCUGAAGCUUUUCCUAAUCACAUAUCCAUUCUUCUCCCUGACGACAGUCCUGCUGCUUCUCAUGCUAAUUUUCGUACGCCUCAGAAAUCCACCUCCUCUGAUUUGGAUGCUGUGGAACCGGAUGAUUUGGACUUACCAUCGUUUCAUGUUGGCCUUGGGGAAAGAAAUCAAGUUUCCAGCAAAGGCUCGAAUUUGAUGACAAGGGAGAAGUGGUUGAAGCAUCUUAAUGAAUUGUUUAAUUCAGGAGCAGUCAAGAACCUUUCGAAGUUUGAAGAUGGGACGCCUAGAAAAGGUCUCAAUUUUCAUGAUCUGGAUCCCAAAGAAGAGAACAUACAAAAUAAUGGCAGCCAUGAUGUUAAGAAACAAGUAUACGUUGAGUCUGAAAGGAGGGUGGACAGAGCUGAGACUGAAAUCUUAUCCUUAAAGAAUUGUCUUGCUAAAUUAGAAGCUGAAAAGGAUGCAGGUUUACUUCAGUAUAAUGGCAGCCUACAGAGGUUGUCCAAAUUAGAGUUCGAAGUCUGUCGUACGCAAGAGGAUUCGAGGAGUUUAAAUGAACGAGCUGGUAAGGCAGAGACUGAGGUCUUGGCUUUGAAAGAGUCCCUUGCGAAGAUAGAGAGUGAAAGAGAAAGCAGUCUUUUAAGAUACCAGCAAUGUUUAGAUAAGUUAUGUACUCUACAAGACAGCAUUAUGUGUGUUCAAAAGAGUGUAGAAAGCAGCGAGAGAGCAAGUAAAGCCGAAAUUGAAGUUGAAAGACUAAAGUGGGAAAUUUCAAGAGUUGAGUUUCAAAGAGAAGCUGCCCUUGCCCAAUACAGGGAGUCCUCUGAUAUAAUUUUAAACCUAGAGGAAAGAGUAGUGCAUGCAGAAGAGGAUGCCAGGAGGUACAAGGUGCAAGCUGACGAAGCUCAAACUGAAGUCUUAACUAUUAGGGAAGCGCUCACCCAAUUAGUUGAAGAAACUAAAGCUGCUGGUCUCAGGCAUCAUCUUUGCACAGAGAAGAUUGCUGCUCUGGAGCAUCAAAUCUGUAAUGCCCAAGAGGAGCUAGGAAGGCUACAGGAUGAAAAGGCUAAUGGAGUUGCAAAGUUGAACAGUGCGAAUGAAAGGUGCCUUCAUUUACAGAAAUCAAACCAAAUUCUUCAAUCUGAGAUGGACUCUAUGGUGCAGAAGAUAGGCUCACAAAGUGUAGAAUUAAUAGAGAAGCAGAAGGAAUUAGGAAGGCUCUGGGGUUGUAUACAGGAAGAGCGUUUGAGAUAUGCAGAGAAUGAAACGGCUUUCAGAAGAUUACAAGAACAGCAUUCUAAAUCUCAGGAAGAAAUCAGUUCAAUGGCUGAAGAUAGCCAGAUUCAGGUUCAAAUCUUGAAGGAGAUGGAAACUCGAAAUCAGGUUCUAGAGGAUGAAGUACAGAAGAUUGAGGAGGAAAAAAGGAUCCUGAAGAACCUUAACUUGUCUUCAGAGUUGUCUAUAAACUGUUUGAGGGAUGAGAUGUCAAAUAUGUCUACAAAUAUGGAAAAGCUAGAAGCAAGUCUUGAGUUUCAACUGAACCAGAAGAAUGCUCUUGAGAUUCAAAUUUUAUGCCUAAAAGAAGAGCUUAGUGAACUCAAAGAGAAGAAUUUGAUUAUGUUGCAGCAGAUCGAGUCUCUUGGUUUUGCUCCGGAGAGCUUUGGAUCAUCCGUGAAAGAACUACAUGUUGAGAAGUCAAAGAUGAUGGAAAAAAUUGAGGUGGAAAAGAGAGAAAAUUCAGCUCUUUUGGAGAAAUUGAAAGUCAUGGAAGAACAGUGCCACAAAAAUUCUCUGCUAGAGAAUACUAUCUCAGAUUUACAUAUUGAAUUAGAAAGCCAACGAAUGCAGGUAAAGGUAUUGGAAGAAUGCUGUCAACUUCUCUUAGGAGAGAAAACCACUCUUGUGUCUGAGACGACCGUCCUGUCUUCUCGGUUGCAGAUGGUAACCGAUAACUUAGAGAGACUGUUGGAGAAAAACACUCUUCUAGAGAGUUCACUUUCUGAUGCAAAUCUUGAACGAAAACAACUUGCUGAAAAUCUGGAAAAGCUUCACUGCUUGAAUAAUGAUCUUGAAGACAAAGUUGGAUUAUUGGAAGGCAAUCUGGAAGAUGUACAAUUGAAAAACUUGCACCUCAGGAAGUCAUUAGAGAGGUCAGAGCAUGAGUUUUUGGAAGCUGAACAGAUUCUGAUCAUGAUACAGAAUGAGAAGUCGGAGUUGCAUAAGAGGAUGGAGGAACUUACCAUUAUGAGUGAAGAGGCUAAAGCGAUCAUAAAAGAGAAAGAGAACAUACUUGUAAAACUAUCUGGUGAUAGCAAACAUCUAUCCAAAGAGAUAGCAUCUCUGCGGGAACUAAACUGUACUUUGGACAUGGAACUUGGAAAAAAGCAAGAAGAUGUCAAGCGGCAUAAAUGUAGGGAGAAACGAUUGAGGGGCAAGCUAGUGAAGAAGAGAAUGGAGGUUGAGAUAUGUGAGACUCAGGCUGCUCAACUGUUUGCUGAGCUCCAAAUCUCAACUGUUCAUGAAAUAUUAUUCAAGGGAAAGCUUCUUGAGCUUGGCGAAGCAUACGUGAACCUCGAAAGUAGAAGUAAUUACAGAGAUGUGAAGACUGAGAGUCUGAGAGAGAGAACUAACAACAUGACCGAUCUAAAUGGGGAACUAGGAUUUCAUUUGACCAAAUAUACAUCAGCAGUCACAUUGUUGAACGAUUCUGUAACCUAUCUGGAGAAUCAUACUCGUCUGAACAGAAAAACUCACAAAUAUGUGAAACAAGACGUAAAGGAUAUGGAUUCAGUAAAUCACCCGCAUUCUGAAUGUUACCAGCAAAAAUAUCACGAGCUGAUUGCAACACUGCACAAUGGAUGUUUUGAAUUGAAGGAUUUACAUAGAAGAAUCCAGGCUGUGGAAAUGGGUGUGAUAGAAAAAGUGAAACUUGAGACUCUGGAAAACUUGAAUUCUACUAGAAAACAAGAGACAUUAAUGAAAAGGGUUGAGGAAGCGACGUAUGGAAAUAGUUGGGUGAGAGAUAAUGAGCAGACAAGGCCAACUACUCCAAGAAGAGAAAUUGAACUUGGAAAUGAAUUGCAGAGGUCGAAGACAAAAGUGUUAGAAGUUAGUGGUGAAAUAUUGACGAAGGACAUCAUUCUUGAUCAAAUAGCCAAGUGUUGUGAGGGGCCUGAAAAGAGAGGAGAGAAUUUAGGUGCUUACAACCAGAUGGUAGAGUUAUGGGAGGCAACUGAUGAGGAUGGCGGCAUUGAUCUUAUGGUUUGCAAAUCCCCCAACAUGGCCGCUUCCUCAACUAACUAUAACAGAUUUGUAGUAGUCAAGGAACAGAAUAAGCGUCACUCCACUGAUUCAUUGGUCGAGAAAGAGGUUGGAGUGGACAUAUUAGAGACCUCGAGUAGAUUGUCAGUUCCCCUCCACAAACGAAAAGAGAGGAAGCUUCUUGAAAGACUUGAUUCUGACAUGCAGAAAUUGACAAACCUCCAAAUAACUGUUCAAGAUUUAAUGCGGAUUGUGCUUUCAAAGCAGAGUAGAGGCAAUGAUGCUGCGGAGUAUGACACCAUGAAAGAGCAACUCGAAGAAGUGGAGGCUGCUGUUAUGAAGCUGUUUAAUGCAAAUUGCAAACUGAUGAAGAAUGUACAAGAUGGUACCCUGUCCUCCGAUGGAGCAUCCACCAUUGUAUCUGAUGAAACUGGAAAUGUCCGCAAAAGAAUAAUUUCAGCACAAGCGAGAAGAGGGUCCAAAAAAAUUGGGCAGCUACAACUUGAGGUGCAGAGAUUACAGUUUCUGCUACUGAAACAAGAUGAAGAUAAAGGAAACAAGAGUAGGAGCAGGAUCAUUGAACGACCCAAAAUUCGGUUGCAGGAUUAUCUUUAUGGUAGCAUUAGAAGCAAGAAUAAGCAGAAGAAAGGUGCAUUCUGUGGAUGCAUGCACGCCACCAUGUCUCCAAGUCCGACAACAGGUGAAUGGAGCUAUUCAACUUCGUUGGUAGGUAAUCAGCAUAAUUUACAUAACUGAAAAUCAAAGUCUCUAAAUAUUCCAAAUACUCGUCUUUACUUCUUUUUCACACACUUUUUCUUUAGUUUUCAGAACAUCCUGUAAAUUUCAAGCCACCAUCUAAACUAGAAUGUCGAUGAUAUUCUAUAUAUUUUUUUGCUAUCGCUAUAAUAAGAACAUUAGUUAACCUUUCCAUUAUAA